GGGGCCAUUCUGAAAGCAGUGGGGAGAACGUAGCGCAAAAAAGGCGGUGCGUUUUUUCAGAGGGGGGAGCACUUGAGUAGCAGUGGCCUCAUCAGAAAAUCUCGUUCUUUCAAGUGAUAGCCGGACACUUUCACUUGGCCGUUGGGCAGACCUCGCAGACAUGUCGAAUAACAGCGCAAACAGCAGCAACUUGGUUAUCGCUCAGAAGGUGGUAAAACAACUUCGGCUAGAGGCGAGUGUUCGCAGGAUCAAGGUGUCCCAGGCAGCAGCGGACCUGAAGACCUUCUGCCUGCAGAACGCCCAUAAAGACCCUCUCCUCAUGGGGGUGCCCUCCAGCGACAACCCCUUCAGACCCCCCAAGUCCUGCGCCCUCUUCUGAGGCGAUGGUGAUGAUGGAGGCUCGUAAAACACGUCUGAACAUUCCCCAAGGAUGCCUUUCUUCUCCAAGCCCCUUGGUGUCUCCUACACCCUUCCCCACCACGUCCAGUCACUGAAGACCUCAAGGCCAGAACACAAUCACAAGCAUUAACCCUAUACUGAGUGAGUUUUUACAUGUGUUCUGUUCUGGAUUUCUACAGCUCAAUAAGGAUAACAUUUGCAGUCUUUGUGUGUUGAGAUCAUUAGAAUGAAAGCACUCCUCAAAGUAUAAAUAUGGCAGUCUCAACCCCAACUCUCCCUGUAGUCUCUACCUUUUGUUACUUUUCUUUUACUCAAAGUGAAAUUGAACUGUAUUAGGUUUUACACAUUGUUGUUGGUGAGUCUUUUAAAGUGGUUGACCCAGUGCCAUUACAUGAGUAUAUACUACCGUAUCAUUGUUGUGAAGCUAUGUUCAACACACUACAAGAUAUUACACACGAGUUUUAUCUCAGAGCUUGUUUUUCAAAAUGGUGCUCAGUUGGUUGCAAACACAAUGUAAGGUUCCACACAAACUCGCCUUAACACUUUCACUGUGAUUUUUGUCAGGUGAAAUUGACAAGCAUUUCGAUAAGUGUAAUUUAUGAUUCUCUGCUAAAAGUGUGGUGACUCCAUGAGCGUCUCAAGAGAUUUGAGUCUUUUGACAGAAAUGUUGCACGCAUUCUCAUGUGUUACACUCGACUACACUGUUAAGAUCCUCAGUUGACAGUUAAACCACUGUGAUGCAAAAUUUAAUUCAAAAGAAAAUGGUGUUACUAUGUCUUGAAAAGAGUGACUCAGAGAGGAUGUUAGAGGUUUCUUAUGGGUGUUGGCAUAUAGAGAUCUCAAACUCAGGUCAUGCAAAAUAUCUGUUUCAAUGCUGGUUUUGUGGUGUUGCUCAGUCAACAUCAGAAUAAUGAUAUGAAGGAUCAUAACAAGAAUAUUAGGAUUACUGUACUGACACUAUAGAUAAGUAUAGUUGCUGUGUAUCAUCAUUAUAAAUAAGCCUGAUCUCAGGACACUCAGUGGAAAGAGACUGCUACUCCAUUGGUGCAUCUAAGUUAAAGUAAGGACACAUUCUAAAUGGCUUAAAGCCAUUUUUAGGGUUCCCCACCCCUUUUACCCUUUACUCUUUGCGUACUGCUUCAAACUAAUGUGCCUUAGUAUGUGCCAAACUUCUGGUAAUUUAAAUGCCCCGAUUUACACACGAGACCUGUUGAGGCCUAAAUCUGCAUUUACUUUCCCACUUGAUUAAUCAGAAACACUUAAAGAGGACCUGAAGGAGUUGAAAAACAACACCAGAGAAUGAGUAAUGUUUAGGAACCAUACUGUGUUCUUAUUACAACAUGAAGUGUUGCUAAAAACUGGAGAAUAGCCCUUCAACAUGUUCCAAUACUCAGAAACAUGUCCUCUGACAUGACCACUGAUAGGCGAAAGGACUAGGCCUACAUAGAUUUUCAAAGUACUAUUAGUCUUGCCUACCAAGUCCUUUCAAAUCAGUGGCCAUGCAGGAAAAGAGAUGGAGGAGAGGGUCUGACUUUAUAAUGAAGUGAAAGAGAUAACUUUUGAGAACUACAGUGUCCAUAAUGCAUGGGGAAAGCAGAGCACCUCAUUUUACAAAUAUUAGUCACUGAAAUGCUCUGGUGGAAGGAUUCAUACAUGUGGAAAACACUGUCAUUCUCUUGUGUCGUAACGUUUUUUUUUUGUGUGUAUUUGUCUUAGAAUGGUACCGUGACAUGUAUUGACUGAAUCAUUUAAUAAAUGUAUUAUUUCACCUUCAA